AUGCCACAGACAGACGCCCCCAAACAGCAGCAGGAUGAGCAAGUGGAAUCCAUUGUCGCUGCACCACAUUCUACGCCUGGUCCCGACCACGACGUGAAAGAAGACCAGGCACUGGAACUGAUCGAGGACGUAGGUCACUCGACUAUUCUGACCCCCGAGAACAACGCGCACGUCUUGAGAAAGAUCGACCUCAGACUUCUCCCUAUUCUUCUGGGGAUUUAUUUUCUUCAGCAGCUCGACAAGUCGACUCUCGCAUAUGCAUCCGUAUUUGGGAUUAUUGACAAAGCCCACCUCCAUGGCCAGGAUUAUUCCUGGCUGGGCUCGGGAGUCUAUCUUGCCCAGCUUGUCGCCCAGCCGAUGGUGGCGUAUUGUCUGGUCACUUUGCCGCUAGGAAAAUUCCUGGCGGUGUCGACUCUUCUUUGGGGGACUACGCUGUCUUGUAUGACGGCGGCAGGCAGCUUUGGAGGUCUGCUGGCUUGUCGAUUGCUUCUUGGUCUGUUUGAGGCGGGAAUCGCACCGGCCUUUAUUGCUGUGACCCAAAUGUGGUAUCGACGACGUGAGCAGCCUGUGAGAUUGGGAUCAUGGUAUGCAAUGAACGGGGUUGUUAACAUGUUUGGAAGCUUGUUAACUUGGGGACUUGGACAUAUCAAAUCGCCGGUCUUGGCUCCUUACCAGAUUAUUUUCCUUUUCUUUGGUCUCAUCACCGUCGGGUUCUCCUUGGUCAUACUCACCUACAUGCCAGAUUCCCCUCUAAAGUCCAAAUUCCUUCAAGAAGAGGAUAAACUGGUGGCUAUUGAGAGACUGCGCAUGAACCAACAAGGUAUCGAAAGUGACAAAUGGAAAUGGGACCAUGUCAAAGAAGCAUUUCUCGACGUCAAGUCCUGGAUCUGGUUUGCGUUGAUGUUUUCAAUUUCAAUCCCGAGCGGCGGUAUCUCCACCUUCGGCCCCUUGAUCAUCCAGUCCUUUGGAUUCAACGAAUUCAAUACCAUUCUUUUCAAUAUCCCUUUUGGUGCUGUCCAGCUCGUUGCUACUAUGGGAGGUGCCUGGCUGGCGACCAUUUUGAAGAUGAAGGGCCCAGUUUUAAUUCUGCUAUGCCUCCCACCCAUUGCGGGAUGUGUGAUGCUGCUUUGUAUUCCGCAUGAUGAUAUGCAUAAAGCUCCUCUGCUGGUGGGGUACUAUAUUAUCUCUGUUUACCCAGGGAUCACGCCCUUGAUCUACUCAUGGUCUGCAGCAAACACAGCCGGAGAGACGAAGAAAAAAGUGACCACCGGUAUCCUGGUCGUGGGCCAAUGCAUCGGUAAUGUGAUUGGUCCGAAUCUCUAUACUACAGCCGAGGCUCCUCUCUAUACCCGCGGGCUCACCUCAAACCUUGCAAUGUUCUGCGUUUUGGUUGUUCUCUGCAUGUCAAACAUGGCAUAUCUCACUGUCCUGAACAAGAAACACGAGAAACGGCGCGUGGAACUAGGAAAGGAUUCCAAACCCGUAGACCAGUCCAUGCAUGCUAUUGGCGCUGUAGAGACAGACAAGGAGGGCAUGCCUGUUCAGGUUCUUGCUCAGGACAAUGCGUUCAAGGACUUGACAGACAUGAAGAACGAGGACUUUAAGCUAGAGAAGCAGUGUAUCUUCUUCGAGGUACCUAAAGAUCCCUUUUCAGAAAGACUUGAAGGCGUCGAGUCCGAGGUUCAACACCUCAGACAACAGCUCAACGAGAUACGCCAUCUGCUCCAACGCAAUCAAUCUGGCUCAAGGCCUGCAUCUCAAGAAGAGUAUUCUUGCAACAGACAGGUACAUAGUGAACAAGACCAUGCUCGCCGCGGUUCACUAUGCUCUCAGUUCACAUAUCCUCGUGAAGACCUCGAUGAUUUGGCGGCGGCAAGUUCAUCAGAUUAUGCAAAUGGUCACUCGCAGCAAUCUAUCCCCACGCUCUCACCCAGCGGUAUCUCAAUGAAUUCACUCCCUGUUGUGCUGGGAUUAAGUCCCAUUCAAAGAAAUAAGCGGAAACGCCCUGGAUUUGAGAUUCGGGAUGAGCCUAUCUCGGAUUUUAUUGAUAAGGGUCUCAUUACCAUUGAAUGUGCUGUGUCGUGUUUCAAGACGUUCUUCGAAGGUUGUGAUAGGUAUAUCCCAAUCUUCGAGCCAGAGCAUGACACAUUCAACUCUGUACGGACUCGAAGUAGUAUCCUCCUCAAUGCUAUUUGCACCAUUGGCUGCAUGAUAGAAACCAGAUCCGGCGGCCCCAUGUCCGACCUGCUACACGCCGAACUUAAGAAAUGGAUUAACGUGAUUAUUCAAAACAAACGCUUAAACUGCCUUGAGUCAGUCCAGGCAUUGCUCGUGGUCGCCUGUUAUUCUGCUGAACGGCUAUUAAUCUUAUCCUUUGCAACCCGCAUGGCCCUAGAUUUGGGAUUACAUGACGCCUUUGAAGAACUUACGCAGCGGAUUUCAAUGAGAAAUACCGAUGAGGAAGAUAGCUUUGCGGGAACGGAUUUGGAAGAGGAGAGACGGUUGAUGAGAAAGUCGAGGACUUGGUUUGGACUUCUGGUUUUGGAACAUAUAUUUCGUGUUGAUGGUGGGAAGCCUCCCGGAGUUCGGUUGACGGGAAAUCCUCGGCGGUGCCGGGUUUUGCUUGGACACCCGUCGUCGACUGCGUUGGAUCUGCGCCUGUUUUCUCAGGUCGAGCUCAACAUCUUGAGAGGUAUUUCGUCCUAUCUUCUGGUAUUCACAUUCUCACCUGCUUUGAUAGCUACUGUCAACGACACCCUAGGCUCCGCAGCAGCACUUGACAGGGCAAGUAUUGCUGACUUCGUUCACGACAUCAAGAUCGAUCUGGAUUUAUGGCUUGACGACUGGGUGCGCAUAAUCGAAAGCUCCACGACCGCACAAGACGAGAAACCCUUCUCUCUACUUGCGUUGAAGGUCCAAAAAUGCUGGGCUGAAAUGAUGCUCAACUGCAAAGCUCUCCGAGCCAUGGGCGUCGAGAACGUGGCCGCCAUGACUCCCACCGAGCGAAACAUCCUCCUUACAGCCAAAUCAAGCGCACGUCGACACCUACGCAUCAUCAUCGCCGAACCAAACUUCUAUAUCGCCAAACUUAAGUAUGCUAUGGACUUUGUCUGGGCUAAAUGCGCAUUCUCAUUUCUGUUGCUUCUAAAACUAUCCCGGCUUCUCCCUGAGCGCGAAGAAGAACACCGAGAGUUUCUGGAGCAUGGGAAUCGGCUCGUGGAUGAGCUCAGCAAGGCCGGGUCGAAUGGUAGUCAUUCUCGGACGGGAAACAUCUACCUACAAAUCCUGAAAGUCAGUAUUGAAAAGUACGGGCGUACACUGAGAGAAACUCAGCAGGCUAGUACAGAUGGUAUUGAUGCUACAUCACCGUUCUGGGAGCUCUUCGAUGCGCAGGCGGAUUUGCAGUGGUUUGUGCCGGAGCAGUUUGUCUCGGAGUGGGACUUUCCGGGGUUGAAUUUGUUCUAUUUUCCUACGGCGCGGCAGGACUUUUUGGGAGAUUUCUCUUUGGCGAUGUAG